AUGCCAGAUGCUGGAGUGUUAGGAUGCCGGAUGAUGGAUGCUGCAGCAAAGACGGUUGGGAAUCGGAGGUUGGGGGCGAGAAGUGAUGUAAGAAAUCUACCGAUCACUCUCCCGGAAGAGGCUGCAUGGUUGGGUUGGGAGUCAAGGAGGACGACGUCUUCGGCCCGGCUUUUGCCUUUUCUUGUCCACAUGCUGUUGUACGGAUAUAUUAUGGUGUUUUGUACCAAUAUCGCUGCGUAUUCGUGCGACAGUGAGCUAGAAGCAUCAACCCAUCCGCCGACACAACUCUGCUGCACCGUGACCCAACAUCUAUGA